GCGGUGAGAAAAUUUUGGUCAUGGUCCGGUAGACAACAAGUGGCAGUUUCUACUUGCUCGUCAUUUUCUUCUUUUCUUUUCUCGCGAAAAGGGGGGAGGAAAAUCAGCGAGAUAAUUUUCUCUCUCUGCGGAGUUUCUCUUGGAUUGGGAUCCCAUCCCCCAACAAAAACAUCACCAAAUCUCCCACAACAUCACACCACACGACACCGUUCCUUCCCCCCAAGUCCCCUCAGCCCCUGUCUUCUUGCACGAACUGCAUAGGGCUGCGUUCCCUUUUCUCUCUCUUUCUCUGUGUGUCUCUCUACUCUAACCCAUCAUCGGAUCUGAGUUCCAAGUAAAACCCAUAGAGAUUGAUCUUCGACGUCACUCCCCUCUAUACCGAUCUCUCCGAAUUCCCGCACCUUUCUCCCUCUGCGGCGGCGGCUCCUGCAAGUGAAGAGUGACAAAGCGCUCAGAGUGAGAGAGCGAGAGAGAAAGAUAAGAGGGAGGCGUCUGAUCGGAUCCAUUUGAGUGUGGGGCAUUUGGACGAGAAUGCCCAAACGAUGAGCAAAGCCGGGGACGAAGAAGACGAAGAAGAGCGUUUCUAUGAAUCGCUUGAUCGGAUUCUUUCGUCUUCCUCCUCUUCCACUUCCACAUCCGACGACGAUGAUGCUAGUUCGCCGAAUUACAGUUCGACGCACUAUCAGAAUCACCACCACCACCACCACAUUUCGAUCCCCAGAUUCCCCAUGUCCGUGUCCAAGUACGAUAUCUGGGUCUCCGAGCCGUCCUCCGUCGAAGAGCGCCGUAGUCGCCUGCUCCACGAAAUGGGUCUCAGUCGGGACCCUUCUCUCGCCCGCAGUAAACCCGUCAUUGCUUGCGCUGCAGGAGAUUUUGGGAGAUCGGCGUCGUCGGAUCUCUUGAGUAGUGAAAAACCGGCCGAUACCAACUUUCGUGGUGGCACGGGCAUGGUUCGUUCGAAAUCGGACGGUUCAAGAGAUUGCGACUCUUCGCCUUUGCCACAUCAGUGUAAUUUGUCAUCCAUUUGUUCUUCUCCUUCGAUUCUUUCUGUAAAUAACCGCAUUGACGUUGUUAAUCCUCGGUGCGGCAAUGGGUCUCCAUCACCUAUUGCCGUAUCGCCGAAUAAGCCUCCCAGGGGGAAGAAUUGUAAGAGGGUCAGUGAUAUUAGGAGUGACUCAACUAAUUCAUAUUCGAACCCUAGCCUUAAUUGUAAUUCCUUGCCAGUCGCUGCAAAUGGUGGUGGAGAGUUUGAGGAAGAUUCAGAUUGUAGUGGGAUUGGUAGAGCCCAAGACCAGGUAUGCACAAUCAAGGAUCUUGACAAUGGGAAGGAAUUUGUGGUUAAUGAGCUUAGGGAAGAUGGUAUGUGGAACAAGCUUAAAGAGGUUGGGACUGGCAGGCAGUUGACUAUGGAAGAGUUUGAGAUGUGUGUUGGGCAUUCACCUAUUGUGCAGGAACUGAUGCGGAGGCAGAAUGUGGAGGAAGGCAAUAAUAAGGACAAUUCAGAUUCAAAUGUGAAUGGUGGAAGUGGGAGCAGUUUGAAGACGAAGAAGAAAGGGGGUUGGUUUAAGAGCAUCAGGAAUGUUGCCAGUUCUGUGACGGGCAAUAAAGAGAGGCGGAGCAGUGAUGAGAGGGAUACCUCAUCAGAAAAGGGGGGACGGAGGUCAAGCUCCGCGACUGAUGAUAGCCAGGAUGUUUCAUUUCAUGGGCCUGAGAGAAUUAGGGUUAGGCCGUAUGGAAAGUCAUGCAAAGAGCUCACUGCGCUUUACAAGAGCCAGGAGAUACAGGCUCAUAAUGGGUCUAUUUGGAGCAUUAAAUUUAGUUUGGAUGGAAGGUAUCUAGCUAGUGCAGGUGAGGAUUGUGUUAUUCAUGUGUGGCAGGUUAUGGAAUCAGAGAGGAAGGGUGAGUUGUUAAUGGAGAAGCUGGAGGAUGGGAAUCUGAAUCUAUUACUAAUGUCAAAUGGGUCUCCAGAGCCAACUUCUAUAUCCCCAAAUGCAGAUUUCUACUCAGAGAAGAAGAGAAGAGGAAAGCCAUCUAUUAGCAGGAAAUCACUGAGUUUGGAGCAAGUUGUGGUUCCAGAGACUGUUUUUGCACUUUCAGAGAAGCCUUUUUGCUCAUUCCUAGGACAUCUUGAUGAUGUGCUUGACCUUUCAUGGUCUAAGUCUCAGCAUUUGCUCUCAUCUUCAAUGGACAAAACGGUGCGGCUCUGGAACUUGUCAAGCCAGUCUUGUUUAAAAGUAUUUUCGCAUAGUGAUUAUGUAACUUGCAUCCAGUUUAAUCCUGUUGAUGAUAGAUACUUCAUCAGUGGUUCCCUAGAUGCAAAGGUCCGCAUAUGGAGCAUUCCUGAUCGUCAAGUUGUUGAUUGGAAUGAUCUGCAUGAGAUGAUCACUGCAGCUUGCUACACACCAGAUGGUCAGGGUGCACUGGUUGGUUCAAACAAGGGGAGCUGCCGAUUGUACAACACAGCUGAAAAUAAGUUGCAGCAAAAAAGUCAAAUCAAUUUGCAGAAUAAAAAAAAGAAAUCACAUCAGAAGAAAAUUACCGGUUUCCAGUUUGCUCCAGGAAGUUCAUCAGAGGUGCUUAUUACAUCUGCAGAUUCACGAAUUCGGGUCAUUGAGGGUAUUGAUCUGGUUCACAAAUUCAAAGGUUUCCGCAACACAAGCAGCCAAAUCUCAGCCUCCCUCACAGCAAAUGGAAAAUAUGUGGUGUGUGCGAGUGAGGAUUCUCAUGUGUUUGUGUGGACAUACGAAGGUGAUUCCCGACUUAGCAGGACCAAAGGUGUUACUGUCACACGCUCUUAUGAACAUUUCCACUGCCAAGAUGUAUCGGUUGCCAUCCCUUGGCCUGGCAUUGUUGACAUGUGGGAGCUCCAAGACUCAUGUUCAGGGGAGCUAAAUGGGCUUGGCAAUCAUCUGGACGAGGCCUCAGCAGCCAACCACCCUCCUACUCCUGUUGAGGAGAUUAUUUGUAAUGAGGGUUCACCAUCAUUACCUGGGCGUAUCAGUAGCCCACUUCAUGGUACUAUUUCGAGUGCAAGCAACAGCUACUUCUUUGAUAGAAUCUCUGCAACAUGGCCAGAAGAAAAGCUUCUUUUGGCUGCGAAGAACCAGAGUCCUCAAGCCAGCAUGGACUUCUCCAAUGGGAUGCUGAAUAGGUCUGCUUGGGGUUUGGUCAUUGUAACUGCUGGCGUCCGGGGGGAAAUCAGAACUUUCCAAAACUUUGGAUUGCCAGUUCGGAUAUAAAUGGAUUCAUCUCCAGCACAGGGAAAAUGAGUUCCUGAAGUACUUGAAAUCGGUUUGCACCAAUCCCCCCUUCAUUGAAAAAAUGUGUACAGAGGGAAAAAAAAAAAAAAAAAAAAAGGGUGAGAUUUGUAAUAUUGGCGAAUUCAAUUCUUGUUUUCAUGUGCUUGUGCCUGUCAGAUCUGGGAUGGGGGAUGGGAGAGCCAGUCUGGCUAGGCAUGGAGGAAAAAGGAUAGAUUUGUCAAGGGGAAAAAAAAAAAAAAACAAUGGGGGAAAAAAAAGAGAUUAUACUUUGAAUUUAGAAAACGAUGGAUUUCUGUGAUCGGGAAUUGUAGAGUUAUGAGCAUGAUAAAAUCUUAUUGAAUUAAAAAAAUAUAAUUCUUUUACAAUUCAUUCGAAAUCA